AUGAUUAUUCUCCGACUGAGCAGGCAAGGAGAGGCUAAGACUCUCGUCUCCCGCGUGCUGACGUUUGCAACGAUGCGCGCUGAAACUACGGGGUCGAAGGACUUCUCCACAAUCCGCUGGGGCUUCUCUUCGACGUGCACCUUCGACCAACUGCCCAGGACCCCCCGUGCGCUCGCCGCAAUGAUUGCAAGCUGCGAACGGCUGAGAAGGCGGAGAGUGUCCUCGGAACUGCUGGAGUUCUUGACCUCGGUCGAGCGCCUUAAUCAGUUUCUCUCGAAGACCAGCCCGCGUCUUCACCUACUCUACGUAAAGAAGCGCGCGCGGCCGGGGCAUCUGCUGUUUGAGCGCUUCUCAGAUACGAUGGCGGAACACGUGGCAAACCUUGGAGAUGCUCUUCAAUCCCUCAUGGGUUCCGGCUCCCCUGCCAUUUCGCCGCUCACGUUCGCGUUCCACGGCACUCCGCCAAUGAACAUUCCGUCCAUUUUGAAAGACGGAAUGCUGCCGGAAAUGAGGGCGUGCGGCCGCGGCGGGGACUGGUUUGCCACGUCACCUUCGACGAGCGUUUGGUACUGCCAGAAACACCUCUUAUCUGAGUCUGGGCGGUGGAAUGCGGUUAAGAUGAUACUAUUUCUGCUGUUGCCUAUUCCGGGAAAGAGGCGCGAGGCGGAGAAGGGUUCCGCUCCAGAGGUAACGGCAGGACCGUUUCCGGAGCACCUCGGACCUGUCUCCGACGACGAAAUGGCAACCAUGGGAUUGGCUGUUGGAUGCUCGUAUUUCGCUGCCGUCGAGGUGAUUUUAGACAGCCCCGUUGAACCGCAGCCGAAUCCCGACCCAGAAGGCAUCGUAGAAAGGCGGCUUGAGCGCCCGGAGGACAUAAACGAGGAGAAAAUGAGCAAAACUGACACGGACGAGCGAGCGGGUGGUCGACAGGAAGUGAGCGCCGAAAGUAUGAAACACUUCCAAUCAGCGGGGACAUGGGCUGUCACGGGCAAGGGGAGGAAGAAAACGAUGCAGAAACGGUUCACUGGGGGUUCUGACCAAGCAGUACGGCGGGAAACGGAAAAUGGAGCUGACGGUGGGUUGCGAACAUCAGCGCCACCAAUAUUCAAGGGCAGCCCCAAGUUGGUCGUGCAAUGGAAAGCGCCCGAUUCAAAACUUUGGUACCAGUUUGAAGCCAGUGUUGGUCAAGCCAUCCUUGCGGCCUGGGCAGCGGGACAGGAGACCUUUCGGCUGGAGGAGCCGCUUCCAAAGUUGCCGGCGCGGCCUCACGAUGAAGCGGAGAAAACAUCAGCACUGCCGGACGUCGUGCACAGGCAAGAAGACGCUGAGCUUUCCAGCCCCGUGCUGACGUUCGGAACGAUGCGAGCUGGGAUUGAGGGGUCGGAUGAAUGCCACACAUUCCGCUGGGGCUUCUCUUGGUUCUGCACCUUCGACCGGCUGCCCAGCACCCCUCGCGCGCUUGCUGAGAUGAUUGCAAACUGCGAACAAGCAAAAAUGAGACUGCUCCAAUCUUUCCGAGUCAUUGUGAACGAGCGCGCGCGGCAGGGGGGUGCGCUGUUUGAGCGUUUCUUAGACGCGAUGGCGGGACACGUGGCAGAUCUUGGAGCUUCCCAGGGAUCCCCGGUCGCGAACGCUUUUGUGAGCAGACUGAGCGCGGCGAGCGUGGAUGUGAGCAGGAUUUCCUCCCUCGAAGUGUUGCGCCUCGGGCUCUCGGCCCUGAGCGUGACCUCAGCACUGCCCCGGCGAUCGUCCUGCGCUCGUAACCGCGCCGCGCGCGGCUUCGCUCCCGAAGUUGCACUGACGGACUCUUCAAACCGGGAUCUUGCUGCCACGUGGCACUUCGAGAGCUCUGGAGGUGCCAAGUGGAGCGCCACGACCCGGCGAGCCGCUCGCUCUCGCGCCCAUGUGCUGGUCCACCAGGUUCUCUCAGAAUUGCUCGAGUUUCUGAUUUCAAACGAGCGGAUCGACUGCUUCCUUUCCGAGACCGGGUCCAGUGUCUCCCGACUAGCUGUGAACGAGCACGCGCGGCCGGGGGGUUUGCUGAUCGAGCGCUUUGUAGACGCGAUGGAGGGGCACGUGGCAGACCUUGGAGGUCUAGAUUACGUCAUGGUGAGGGCUUCCAAGUCACCGCCACCUGUCAAGAGCGGUCUCCGCCUGAACGUCAGCUGGAGAGCACCCCAUUCAAGGCAAUGGCAGCCAUACGAGGACAGCGUCGCCCGAGCUAUGCUCGCGGCGUAUGCUUCCGGGCGGGCGACCUUCAAGGUGAAAGAAGCAGUGCGGCGGUCGCCCCGGGUGAAGGGGCUCCAGCCGGCGCGGACGACGAAGCGCGGACAGAGAAAGACGAAGCGCGCGCGCGCAGAGGCCAAGUACUCAAAGCCCGUGAGCGAGAAUCGGUUGCUUACGUUCGCAACCAUGCGGGACGGCUCUUCGUCGUCGAAGGCCUUCCGCGCCAUCCGCUGGGGCUUCUCUUCGACGAUCAUCUUCGACCGGCUGCCCAGCACUGCGCCUGCGCUCGCGGCCAUGAUUGCGGAGUGCGGAGCGGCGAAGCAGAGACAGGAAAAGCGCAUCGACAGCUUCUUACAAGAGGUGACCGAGGGGCCCCUCCUACAGCCGUACAAUCACAGCCGUGGAAUUGACAAAGUUCAGCUUUCCCGGGUUGCUAUAAACAAGCAGGCGCAGCCUGGGGGUGCUCUGUAUCAGGGCUUCCGGGGCGCGAUGAGCGGACACGUGGCAAAGCUGGGAGCUGCUUUCCGAACGCUUAUGGGCGCCGCCACCCCGUCUAUCGCUCCGCUCACCUUCGCCUUCCACGGCACUCCGCCCGCCAACAUUCCGUCCAUCCUAAAGGACGGAAUGCUGCCGGAAAAGAGAGUAUUGAGCGGAUCAGACUGGUUUGCCAUGUCUCCGAUGACGAGUACAGGCUACUGUCGCAAAGGCCAGCCUUAUGAUGCAGCUCAGGCGCCGCAGCAGCAUCAGAGGUUCAGAUUGAUUCUCUUCCUGUUGCUUCCUGUUGGAUUGGCGGUCUCUCCGCGAUAUCUAGGUUAUCAAGGAGUCGUAGUAAUGAAUAACGUGCAUUACGAGCUGCCGUUGUGCACCGUCGACUUCUCGUACCGAGUCAAGGGACAAUCUUGA